GCACAUCAUUAGCGGAAACAAUUACAUGUGUAUAUCUGUAGAUAGCCAUCCCAGAAUAGGCAUGUCAUCAACUCUAUUAUCGACGAUAACAACGCGGCAAUAUAAUCAUUCAGAAUUUUAAAAAAAGGAAAAUGGAGGACUUGUAAUGCACCAUUAAAGUCUAUGGAAAUGCAGCUAACUGUAUGGCCCCAGUGUGACCCUUCAACCUGAAGAUCUGUAAGCCAGAUUUAUUAUCCGAACACAACGUAAAUGUUCUGUAUACCACGUGACUUAGUGUGGAGGAAACUGAAAAUGACACUCCAUGUGUUUGGAAUGAAGGAAAAGGAAGAAAGUUAAUCUAAUAAUCAGUGGGCCACAACGUACCGAUAAUUGUGUUUUUAAUAGAUUGAUCAUCAUGAUUAUAAAAAUUGAAGCUGACACCCAUUUUUAUUGGAAAUCAGAUAAAUGAUAUGGAUUUCUUUCGAUGAAAUACGUUUGCUUCUCGGGUCUCUAAGUUGAAAUAGAGUACCAAUAAUUGGGAGGAAUAGUAGGGACGCGACAAGCGUUAUAACAGGACAACGAAUAAAAACGGCCUGCUUACCCUUACUCCGGGCGGCGGUAUGCAAUGCAUUAUCUUUCUGAAUGACGAUCGAGUGUCUGUGAUUUUUUUCCUAUAGAGAAACAGAUAUCCAGAUCAAUAGUGUAUUCACACUGUGUUGUACAUGAAGAUACACGGAUUUACACCGGGGGCUAAACUACAAUCAAUGUCGGGAUGUGCUAAUACAAGCAGACCAUACAAAAAACUAUGAGAACUUUAUGUACUCUGGCGAGUUGGUUCUGUUUUUCCUCUUUGUGCGUUUGUGAUUUAGCCAGGAGAGAAAUACUGAACCUCUUACUCAAUUCAUCGACAUAUGAUGAAAAGAUUGCACCAAAUUAUGAAGAAGAUCGUGCCACGAACGUCACUCUUCAACUUUACAUUCUUAGCAUUGACGCUGUUAACGAGAUGGCAAUGGAAUUGUCUAUGGAGGUGUUCUUAAGGCAGAACUGGGUGGAUCCACGCCUGAAUUUCGAGCACUUGAGUAAUUUCAGCAACUUAGAACUGGACCAGAGAAUGAUGGAACACGUGUGGGUUCCGGACACGUAUUUUCCUAACGAGAAAGAGGGAUACUUCCAUGACGUCACAGUCCCCAAUAGACUUCUUCACAUCAGUAGAAAUGGCACCAUUUUCUAUAGUAUCAGAUUGUCUCUUACGUUAACCUGUGAAAUGUACCUGUACAAUUAUCCGAUGGACGAACAAAAUUGUCCGAUUUACAUAGAAACAUAUGGCUACACGGUGGAAAACGUUCUCUUCAACUGGAAACCAGUACACGCUGUCUUGGUAGACGAGGUUGAAAUGCCGCAGUUCUUCUUCAAAAGUGACCCUACUAUAGAAGUCUGUACUAAAAAGUUCAAAUACGGCACUGAUAAAACAUUUACCUGUCUGGCAACAACACUCCAUCUACAACGAAAUAUCGGAUACUACAUGGCACAAGUCUUCAUUCCAAGUAUUCUUAUUGUCAUCUUGUCGUGGGUGUCCUUCUGGAUACACGUGGACGCAAUUCCGGCCCGAAUUUCCUUGGGCGUCUUGACAGUUCUCACCAUCACAACACAGAGCUCCGGAAUUAAAGUGUCUUUACCACGUGUGUCUUACAUUAAGGCGAUAGACGUUUGGAAUUCAUCAUGCCUGUUGUUUGUGUUCGCUGCCUUAUUAGAAUAUGCAUACAUCAAUGUUCAAACACGACGUUACCAGAAGUCAACAUCGAAAGAUACCUUAUUAACAAUACAAGCAUCAAAUCCUCUUAUGAAUGCUAAAGGACCUUCAGCGGCAAGAUGUAUUGAUGUUCGAAAGACGAUUGGUGCUAGAGAAAUGGACUAUCUAAAAAGAGCUCGCUCUACAGACAAGGUGGCGCGAUUUGCCUUUCCAAUUGCAUUCGUCAUUUUCAACACUGUGUUUUGGAUUUAUUAUAUGUAUCUAAAUGAUCCUGAAAUUUAAUAAAUACUGUUUUCUCUUGCA